AAGCCACGUAGUACAAGGAGAUGGUCUCCAGGAUAAAACUUUUCUUGUCCAGGUUAAAGAACAGGGAGAAAUACCAUCUGCUUCAAAGCUUGUCUCCUUUUCUUCCUGUUCAUCUUUUAAGACCUGUAUAAACUCUGUGGAUAUAUGCAAAGAAGAAACAAGCAUGAAAAUAUACUACAUCAAAGUAAACAUGAAAAAAGAUGUGGCUGUCUCUUGGGAGGCAGAGGGGACCUCAGGGUCCCCAGGAAAGUUGCCAAGCAUGGAGGAAGCAGUGCUUCCUGAGGUUCUACGGGUUGGUGCUCCUCCCUCUAGCUUGUCAAGCAGAAACCUCCCAUCAGACUGUGAGCCCAGUGGAGAGAAGAACAAGCACAAAACAAAGGCAGAGCCACACCACCAGCCAGGGUCCCCUGCAGUUAAGGAGACACUAGGGACUGGGAUGUCUAGGGUCAAGACACCAGACUGGCUGUGGUCUGUGGAGAGUGGUUUCAAGUGCAUGGCCUGCUGUCGGGUUUUUGCCACCAUUGAUGUCCUCCAGGAGCACGUGCAGUAUGGGAUCAGAGAGGGCUUCAGCUGCCACGUCUUUCACCGCACCAUGACGCAGCUGAGAGGAGGUGUGGAAGCAAGGAGCACCCAAGAGAAAGCACAGGUGGAAGAGCAGGAAGCAGAGCAGGAGCAGCAGGAAGAUGGAGAGGAGUCAACUUAUAUCCAAGGACCAGAAGAUUGUGGAAGAUAGUGUGGCCUUCUUUUGGAACAGGGAGAAGCACUGACCAUGGAGACAGCAACAGACAAAGCCAAUUAGUAUAAAAAAGGAUAGGGGAACAGACCUCAGUCCAACAUGUAAAUACCAGGUGCAGUAAAGAUUGUCUUCCGAACUUUGCCUGGAUAUAUUACUGAAUUGAACAAAUUAUCUGUCUAUCUAUUACCUAUUUACCCAAUCUAUCAUCAUCAUAUAUCAUCUAUAUCUAUCACCUAUGCAUCUAUCUUAUCAUCUCUGUCUCUCCAGUGGUUUGUGAAUGAAGUUUCAUAUCAGCUCUAAAGAUAUCUACCAUACGUGAAAGCAAGGACAGCUAUUUUUGAAGAGAAUGAGAGACAUUAUGACAGCUAUUGUUGACCUCCUGAUUGUCUGGUCUUGAAGACCUAAAACGCCUUCAUCAUCCUGUUCUGAUCAGUUUUUGUACUAAGUUGUUUUCAGUGAAUUCACUGUGUGUGAAGACACAACUAUUUGGAAGAAAACGAGACAGUAUGAUAGAUAGUGAAGAUCUCCGGUUGGCUUGCUUUGAAAUCUGUGCCUCUUUAUAUGGUUAUGUUCUGUUUUGUUAUGUUUAA